AUGCCGUUGCAGAUCCCGCAGAUCCCACAGAUCAAGCCUUUGAGCAGAGCAGACACCCUUGGUAUAGACGACCCUACUUCUGCCUACAUUGCGUACAACGACAAAUACGUCUUAGUGUUCGAUUACAACAGCCUAGAUGUCUCCGAGGCUACUAAGCAAUUGUCCGCGCUAUUAAAGAACCUGGAAUCUGUAGGCUUGCAAACGGAGGUCCGUGCUGGCUACGAGGAGUCGCUUCUUGUAUUUGUGCAAGCGCCACGCGAAUUGCUCGGUAACACCGUACAUCACUCACGAGUCAAGGAUUGGCUGUAUGGGAUCACGAAGAAGCACCCAGGCGGCAAUUCAAAUUCCAUAGUAGCAGGAGCCAACGAAGCCGAGGACCUGCAAUCACUAUAUCAUCUCGUAACCUGGCGAAAAGAGCUCGGUGGUGCGGGCAUUACACCAGGAUUCGGCAAUUGGGAGAAUGUCUCAUCCGCUUUCCCUCUCCACAACCCUCACAGGAACCAGAAACUGCUCCUUCACUUGAGCAAAAAGUUUUUCUUGAGCUCAGACGACUUGGAUCAAAUACGCGAUCUGUGGGGCACCAAAGUAGCCUUUUACUUUGCCUUCAUACAGGAAUACUUCCUCUCGCUUGCGUUUCCAUGCGUUGCCGGUGUAUUAGCUUGGGCGUUCCUGCCAAAGUACUCGCUUGUGUUCGCGGUCGUCAUUGGUGUCUGGUGCACUGUGUUCUUGGAGUACUGGAAGAUUCGAGAAGUCGAUUUAUCGAUCCGCUGGGACGUACGAGGAGUCGGCAAGUUGAAGGUCAACCGGCCUCAAUAUCAGUACGAAAAAGAAGUUGUUGAUGAUGCUGGCCGAGUACAUCAUUACUUCCCUAGGUGGAAGCGGAUUGUCAGACAGCUCGCUGUUGUGCCGUUCUUAGCGUUGAGUACUUUGUUUCUUACCAUCGUGAUUGGUACCGUUUUCGCACUCGAAACCUUCAUCGUCGAAGGAUAUGACGGACCGUACGAUUACUACCUGGAAUACGUCCCUACUGUCAUGCUUGCCCUCAUCCUUCCAUUCAUCAACAAUUGGUUAGAGCAGCUGGCCGCUCGACUUACUGAAUACGAAAAUCACCGCACCGAAGAAUACUACGAAAUGUCCCUCACGCAAAAGAUUUUCGUGCUGCAGUCAAUAUCUAAUUACUUACCCAUCUUCCUUACAGCAUUCGCCUACGUACCAUUCGGGGAGACCUUUAUCCCGCACCUGCGAACUUACAUUCUUUCCCUCGCAGGUGUAACUGCCGAACCAAAUUUCAAGUUCCACGUCGAUGCGAAUAAGCUUCGCAACGAAGUCAUCACUCUGACCGUCACGGGUCAAGUCUCUAGCGCGAUCGAAGAGCUCGCCUUACCUUACCUCAAGAACAACGUUAGAGACUGGUGGCGCACGUACCGCACGACACACACCUUCGCUCUCGGUGGGCAAAGGAAGUUCGUCAGAGGCGACGAUCCAAUAGAGGCUAGGUUCCUGCGUCGCGUUCGCAAGCAGGCUGCUCUGGCACAUUACGAUGUUCACGAAGAUAUCUCCGAGAUGGUGCUUCAGUUCGGCUAUCUCGCACUCUUUAGCCCCGUUUGGCCCCUCAUCCCCAUCGGCUUCUUUAUCAACAAUUGGUUCGAGCUCCGCGCCGAUAUCAUCAAGAUUACAAUCGAGCACCAGCGUCCUGCUCCCAUCCGAAAUGAUGGUAUUGGACCGUGGGUCGCGAGUUUGGAGGCUUUGACUUGGCUUGGGAGCUUGACGUCUGCGGCGAUCGUGCAUGUUUUUGGCUUCCGCAAUCCAUCUGUUUACGGCUUAAACACGUGGUUAACGUUGCCUAUCACUAUAUUUGCAUCAGAACAUAUAUUCCUUGGAUUUCGAGCUGGUGUACGGUGGGCGCUACAUGCGAUAGGCUCGGAGCACAUCCGCAAAGAGAGGGCUGAGCUGUAUGCGGAGCGGAAGAAGCACUUGGACGAGCUAGAGGCCAGUUCGGCAAAGCGAGGCCAUCUAGACGUCGUGGAAAGAGAGCGCAGGAAGAGCGUCAGAAUGACGGCCGCUGAUGUUUUCUGGACACGGCAAGUGGAAGAAGGAGCAAGCAUGAGAGCGGGCGCGGGCUUGAUCCGCGCAAUGAAGGGGACGGAUUCCGACGAAUUCUUUAAGGAGAAAUGA